AUGCAGCCGCAAGCGUUGUCAGGGGGUGCAGAGCGUCGCACGUCGCAGACCCACGGAAACAAGGGAGUCAAGACGUAUUACCACGCUCAUCUCCGCUCACUCGGCUUGACAGAUCCAGUACCGAUUAGUGGUCCUAUGUUAAGGCAAUGGCAAAUUCAAUAAGACUACGUUACUCGUCUUGGUCUUACGUUGUAACCGGCAGCGGAAAAACCUUUUAGAGCAGCUUUACCUUAAUCGAUCCAUUGGUCCUGCUAUAGGAGGCAAGAAAUAACACAUCAAAAAAUAGUAGGCAUGCCUUCACCUUCUCUACUAACGCAAGAAAACAAAAUCUUCCUGCAACGUUUGAAGCAUCUCCGGACAACCAUCAACGACACUGGUACGACAUAUCAGCAAACCUUUUGUCCGAC